CUUUUAAAAAAAAUCGCGAUAUGAGCAAACGAAAAGAAAAGACCCAUUAUUGAGAAAAAUCGGUGAUUUGGGUCAGUUUUGAGGGAAAACUAACAAACAUCAUGCGAAAACAAUGUUCGCGACAAGUGUUAGUGCAAUUCAAAAUAGUCGCAUAGAUUUUUAGCUUGAGUUUCAGUUUUUUUGCUUUGAUUUAGUCACGUCUAUUUUUUCAGCUUCUUAGGCAAUACCAGCCGUUGCUGAUUAUUACGUCUGUUUCUAUGGGGAUUGUUUUUUAAAGAAAAGUAAGGAGGAAAUAGAAAUAGCUCGAAUAUGCAGCGCUGUCUAAAUUGCAUAGAAUUGGUGUAUGACUAUAGGACAAACGGAGGCGUAAAAAACUUAUUCUGAAAUGGAACGCAGCUUUGUGUCCAAACUGAAUUCCUAAAGAGAAAUUCGCUAGCGACAAUUCGCAUUGGACCAUUGCCCGUACACGUUAACAAUGGCUGCUACAUUUUGUAUUUUUUUGUGAAUUGGUUUCAGAUAAAUUUGGGAGCUUUUAGGAAAGGUAUUUUCUUUCAAAUCCCGGGCGCCUCUAAAGCUUCAAACAUUUCACGCAUGCAACUACACGGAAAUUAUGAGCAGAGAGCAAUUUGAGCCCCAAUUUAACACUUUUCAUUCCAUAAAAUUAUCAUGCCAAGAGGAAAAAUCAUUUUUGUUGCUAUCAGUUGCUUUUUUAAAAAUAUGUUUUUGCUUUAAAAUGAAUUGCGAAACCAAGUGUGAGUGAAUGAAGUGUCUUGUUUUGCACUUAGCUAAUCAUUUCCUUCAUUAAAAUGCGUAUAAAAUUUGCUUAAUAGUCAGUUUUCGAAAAUGACUGGUUAUCCUUUAGUCAGGAAAUUGUCUCUUGAACAGUUCACAAGAACAUAUCUGAUUAUUAUUAAAGUCAGUAUCUGUUCGAGUUACCAUUCUGUGCUGAAAACCCAUCUCUAUUUGCAGUUCGCUUUCAUCUAAAUCCUCCAAUUUGAAACGCAAAUUAUCGGAGUACUAGAAUUUAAGGAACUGGUAAAGUGAAAAAGGGAGUCUAUUAGUUUUGAGAGCUCUUUGAUUGUAGUGUGGCGAAGAGCGCUUUUAGUAUUUAUCUUUGCAGUUGCUCUUCAAUUAGCAGGGGUUUGGUGGGAGUAUUUAUGGCAACAUCAGCAGAUGACUGUAACCAGGUUACCCUUUUGGACAAAAUAGAGAAGCGAGAGAGUAUCGGGGAGUUGUUGAAUGAUGACAGGUUCAUGAUCGAGUUCAGAGCGUGUCUGGCGGCCGAGUUUACUGAAGUGCCAGAAUUACAAAGUUCAACAACGGUUGUUGGAGUUGAAAGCUCAAGCGGAACAAAAAGAGCGUCUCUGCUCGCGUUCGGCACGGUCGGAUCCUCCGAUGACAUUGUCCACACACCUCCUGACAUAAAACAACCACACAAUAGAGUAGUGUUCGCCAACGAAGUGUCCGUGUUUGCAUACCACAAUAAGGACCCAGUUAGGCCUGACCUCUUUCAAAAGCGCAAGGAAGGACAGCUCAAAUUUCGACAGCUUGUGCAGCAAAAAGUGAUAGGGAAACAGAAACAAAUUCUGACCUCGUGGCAUAACUUGGUCACGAAGGCAAAAGAAAACUCGAAACAAGAGAAUAACUCAACUGGACUUUGCGACGAGUCUGUAACAGGAAACAAAAGAGAUUAUCAGCAUGUGACAAAUAAUCAGCAGGGUAGUCCAGCUACGGGCAAGUUGAGUUAUAAAGAGAGAUGGCGCAAAAUAGUUGAGCAGAAAAUUAUUUCACGACAGAAUAUGCCCGUACAUCCAGUGUUCGCACAACAUCUGGACGAAGAAUUAAUGGAGGUUCGCCGUUGUGCUAAUUCAUCGCCUAAAUUUUUCUCUGGAAGUUCCUCGAAAUUCAAUGCGCAAAAGCCUCAGUUCCAAAUUGACCUGGAUCAGAACAAUAUUAAAAUAGAAAUGCCGGUGAUUCAUGUUUCGAGGGGAGAGGGAAAGUUGCCGGAAGAAGUGACUGAAUCUAUGGAGACUAAUUUUCUGCAAAGGAGCAACACAUCCACAGGAGCUGUUCUGGUCGAUGGUGUCACGCAAGACGAUGCUAAAAGAGAAACACGGGAAGACGUGGAUGCUCUGUCGAAGACUGAGCCAAAAACGCCAGUUGCUGAGCAUAUGAAAGAGCAGGCUGUUUUCGAUUCCGAGGAAAAAGCUCUGUCUAACAAAGACCCCGAGGUGGAAAUCAAGCAAAACAACGGAGAAGUUGACACCAAUUAUGAACCGAGUGUUAAAGUCUACAAUGUGUGGGCUGUAUACUUUCUGUGCACUGUGCAUAUCUUCUCUGCUUUGAUGUUUGUGGCCUUAUCUUCUACUGGACUAGAACUGGCUGCCUCAGAAGUUGCAAGUGUGACAGAAUUGCAACGUAACAAUGUAUCUCUUUUGGCACCCGUCAACGUCUUUUUAGGCCCAUCAAUCGUAUCUCUGUCGUCAGAUAUUGUCGCAUUUCGUCUGGACUGCCUGGUGGCUGCAUUUGGGCACACACGAUCUGAGCUUUCUGACACUACUGCCGAACUACGCCAGCUCGGAAUAGACGAAAACCAAACGACCUGUUGUCUUUCUCCUUUCAUCUGUGCAACUAAGGACGGUAGCUUGCAUUACGAGAAUAAAUCGAAGUACUGCGUGGAUUUGGGUAGAACAGAACAGGAUAGGACUGACGGGGAAGUCUGCCGUAACAGAGAAUGCUUUGCACAAAUAUGUGGAGACGUGUCCUCUUCAGUGCGAGUUGUGCUCUACCUCAUAUCGACUCUGUUCUACCCUCUGGGAAUACUGGACUGUGCAUUGUCUGUAUGUUUCAUCCUUUGCGUGGGAAGAGUGCUGGAGAAGCACUUUGGGUUUCUUCUCAUAUUCUCUCUCCAUCUUUCAUCCUUGAAUCUAUCAACAGCGGCUACGUGUCUCUUAGUCCAUGACAGGACUCUGGUAGGUUGGACACCCCUGUGCUUCACAUAUGGCACCCUUUGCUUUGCAGCCAGAAGUCAAUUCAGUCAGUGCUGCUUCAGAUCGGCGACCAAACGACUAGCUGUAUUCUCGGUCUCGGCGCUCAUCAUCACUGUUGCGAUCAUCUUGCCCCUGCAUUACCUCAUUUCUCUGUCGGUUGCUUCAGCUGUCGGACUAGUUCUCGGAUUUUUAGUCGUGAACAAAUUCGGCAACAGAGAAGAGAUCCUGAUGAAGAAAUGUGCCCUUACUCUUGUUGUGUUCACAUUAGUAUCUGUUGCAGUUUCUGCGGCUGUUAUAAUUCUUCAAUUGAAACUUGACUAUUUCACUAAUAGAGUCAUGAAUAGAAGUAAAUAUAGCCUAGAUUGUGCACUGUUUUCAUCUUCAUUUUCAUGGUGCUACUUGUAG